CAACAACACACCUCACCAAUAUAAUGUUUGUGGAAACACCAAUUCUAUAAAGUAUCUAACUCGUAACAUUAAUUUAAGGAAGAAAAUGAUCACCAUUUGAAGCCUUGAAGCUACCUUUGUUGAGAAAAAUCUUCUUCCGCGUUGUAAAACUAAUUAUUGGCUAUUAAAUCCGUCCAUCAAUAAAGUUAAAAUGUGAUUGGCUCUCUGUUACAUUGGCAUGUCUAUGUGUAGCCAAUCCUUGCCUCUGUCUCCCGGAAGUUUGAGACAGUCUGUGGGAAGGUGCGACAUGUCGCCACAUCUUGCGGCAGUGUAGGAGAUGCACGUGCUGCGCGUGGCUAUCGUGGUCCCUAUGGGUUUGCUCCUGUCCCGGACCAUGGCGUGGAUGUCCAGCGGGAAAACUCACCCAGAACUCAUCAGCAGGCUCAGAGAUCACGGUGUAAUCAAACAUGAUAGAGUCUUUGAAGCCAUGCUAGCAACGGACAGAGGACUGUACUCCAGAGAUUAUCCCUAUGCCGACUCUCCACAGUCAAUAGGUUACAGAGCUACUAUCAGUGCACCGCACAUGCAUGCCCAUGCUCUUGAAAUACUGCACGACAAACUAAUUGAUGGGGCAACUGCUCUAGAUGUGGGGUCUGGGAGUGGUUAUCUUACUGCCUGCUUUGCACGAAUGACAGGUCCUACAGGUCGUGUAGUGGGUAUUGAACACAUUGAUGAACUUGUGAAAAUGUCUGUAAAAAAUGUGCAAACAGAUGACCCAGAGCUCAUCUCCACUGGCCGCAUUAGGUUUAUUGUUGGAGACGGGAGGCUGGGGCACCCAGAAGGGGCACCAUAUGAUGCCAUCCAUGUUGGAGCAGCUGCAGCUACCAUUCCUAAGGCGCUGCUAGAGCAGCUGAAGCCUGGUGGAAGGCUGAUUCUUCCCGUUGGUCCUGACGGUGGCAGUCAAGUCUUAGAGCAAUAUGAUCGACAGAGUGACGGUACCUUCCUGAAGACUGCGUUAAUGGGAGUGGUCUAUGUCCCACUUACUGACAAGAGGCAUCAGUUUCCUGGAGGGGAGCUCUGAUGGCGUGUUAUUGCUUCUACAGGAGAUGGUGCUGGUGCUGUGUCUCUGAGCCCAGGUAGUGUUUGUGUGGUUUGCUGCCCAGAGGACAUUGUGGCUAUGUCUCUGCCAGUCUUCCUGUGUCCUUGGAUUUUUCUUUUCAUAGGGUCAAAAAUGUGCUGCUAACAAAAUGGUUCUUAAAUUAUAAAUGAUCAUGUCUUUAAUGACUUGUCGGGCUUUUUAUCAGGCUUAUAAUGGCUUUUCUGUAAUCCUAUGACCAACAACAUUUGUUUAUUAGUCUACAAAUAAAUUGUGACAAAUUUAGUGUUGAUCUGCAGUAAUGGGUAAAAAAACAUAAUGACAUGAAUGGCAAAAAAGCCCAACAACAUUAAAAUGUUAUUUGUAUUUUGCACCUUUCUCAUUCCUUUAGCACUCUUCUCAUGAUAUGUAUUUGUGUUUUAUUUUGGUUACUGCCAACAUAAAGCGUGUCUUUUAUUUGUUUUCUUGGUUUGGAACGUAAUUUUACAAAUGUUUUACAAAUUUUACAUUGAUUUGUUCUGACUUGAGUAAUUGAAGGCCCUUGCAAGUUAUUAUCAUUAUUACUGUUGUUAUUGGAUAUUAAUUUGUGACAUAAUUUCUGACUGUGAGAGAGGUACUUCAGCACUUUUAAAGCUGAAGAGAUGACAACAACAAACCUGUAUGUAUAGAAAUGUAUUCCUUGCUAAAUUAUUAAAUAUUAUAUAUAAUAUUAUAUCAUAUUAAACACAUAAU